UCGCUGCCGGGGACCGUGCGACAGGGAACUGGCGAACGGAGAAGUCUCACUCUGAGGAAGCACAGAAGAAGCGCGCGGGGCGAUGUAGCGGACCAACCGAAAUUGGCGCGAAACGUCGCCUCCCAUGUGACCUGUGCCGCUGAAACGGCCAUGAUUUCCCAGUUCUUCAUCCUGUCCUCCAAGGGGGACCCGCUCAUUUACAAAGACUUUCGCGGGGACAGUGGUGGUCGUGAUGUGGCCGAGCUCUUUUACCGGAAGCUGACGGGACUGCCUGGAGGCGAGUCCCCGGUUGUCAUGUAUCACGAUGACCGUCAUUUCAUUCACAUCAGACACAGUGGUCUCUAUUUGGUGGCCACAACCUCCGAAAACGUCUCUCCUUUCAGCCUCCUGGAGCUGCUUUCCCGGUUAGCCACUCUCUUGGGUGACUACUGUGGCUCACUCAACGAGGGGACCAUCUCACGGAAUGUGGCUCUUGUCUACGAACUGCUGGAUGAAGUACUGGAUUAUGGCUAUGUGCAGACUACAUCCACGGAAAUGCUGAGGAACUUCAUCCAAACCGAAGCUGUGGUCAGCAAGCCCUUCAGCCUCUUUGACCUCAGCAGCGUUGGAUUGUUUGGGGCAGAGACGCAGCAGAACAGAGUGGCCCCAAGCAGUGCUGCCAGUCGCCCAGUCUUGUCCAGUCGCUCUGACCAGAGCCAAAAGAAUGAAGUGUUUUUAGAUGUGGUCGAGAGGCUGUCUGUACUGAUUGCAGCUAAUGGCUCAUUGUUGAAGGUGGAUGUCCAAGGAGAGAUACGGCUCAAGAGCUUCCUUCCUAGUGGUUCUGAGAUGUACAUUGGCUUGACAGAAGAAUUUUGUGUGGGGAAGUCAGAACUGAGAGGUUAUGGGCCAGGAAUUCGAGUUGAUGAGGUGUCAUUCCAUAGUUCUGUCAAUCUUGAUGAAUUUGAGUCUCAUCGGAUCCUCCGCCUGCAGCCACCUCAGGGCGAGCUGACUGUGAUGAGAUACCAGCUCUCUGAUGACCUCCCCUCACCACUCCCCUUCCGGCUCUUUCCCUCCGUCCAGUGGGACCCAGGCUCAGGCCGGCUCCAGAUUUACCUGAAGUUACGGUGUGACCUGCCCCCAAAGAGCCAAGCUCUCAACAUUCAUCUGCACCUCCCCCUGCCUCGAGGGGUAGUCAGCCUGUCUCAGGAAUUGAGCAGCCCAGAUCAGAAGGCAGAGCUGGGAGAAGGGGCCCUCCACUGGGACCUGCCCCGGGUACAAGGAGGCUCUCAACUUUCAGGUCUUUUCCAGAUGGAUGUCCCUGGCUCACAGGGGCCUCCCAGCCAUGGACCCUCCCCCUCGGCGCCCCCCUUGGGCCUGGGUCCUGCCAGCCUCUCCUUUGAACUCCCUCGGCACACAUGCUCUGGCCUCCAGGUUCGAUUCCUUAGGCUGUCCUUUAGUACCUGUGGUAGUGCCAACCCUCACAAGUGGGUACGACAUCUGAGCCACAGCAACGCCUAUGUAAUUCGGAUUUGAAGCUUCCCAAACAAGAUUACAGACAGCCAAGUCAGCAGCAGGCGGUUGAACAGGAAGAGGACAUUUUCUUUCUUGUGUCUUUGGAUCUGAACAGGAAGAGUCUCAAGACCAGGAAGGUUCCAUGGACUCACCCUUUCUGUUGUAUGUGCUGCAGGGAGGCUCACAAACUUACAAAUCCAACUUUUAUUCUGAGGAACUUAC